AAACUUACAUAGUCCGAGAAUGAGAGCUGGAAAGGGUCCGGCAAUAGGGCAAGGCCAAGUCUAAUCAUCAACCUUUUCGUCAUAGAAUAGUCAAUAUUUUCCUUCCGUGACCUCUUCCUUUCCGUUUCUCUCUUUCUAUAUAUAUAUAUAUAUACUCCCACCCUACCCUUAAUUCUCAUUCUCAUCUCCAAUCUUUCAAAUCCCUUCCAACCCCCAAUCUGAUCUCCUCACCACAAAACAUAUAUACACAAAGAGUAUAGAAAACCUCCAAUUAAUCCCAUGGCUUCUUUACAAACCACAUCUAUAUUCUCCUCUUCAUCCUUUUCUUCUUCUCUAAGAAAAGUCAACGCUUCUAUCCAUGUCCCUAACCCUCCACGAGUGACUUAUUCGGUUCCAAAAGCACCAACAAGAAAGUUGCAGGUUGAGGAAUUAAUUAAUGGAUCAGUAGAUUCAACCCCAUUAGAGAAGAAUGCCUUCACCACACACAUAUAUGAAGGUUUAUUCAGCCCUAGCAAGAAGUCUAAUAUGGCCACUGUUCAACUCUAUUCGAUUCUGGAGGCAGUAGCUGACAGAAUUGAAAUGCACAAAAACAUUUGCGAACAAAGAAACAACUGGAACACCCUUCUUCUAAAUUCCAUCAACAUGAUCACUCUCACUGCCACGGCCAUGGCCGGUGUUGCUGCAGCCACCAGUGGUGACACUACACCGCUUUUGGCCCUUAAACUAUCAUCCGCUCUCUUGUUUUCUGCGGCCACUGGAAUGUCACUUAUCACGAACCAAAUUCAGCCCUCACAACUCACUGAGGAGCAACGCAAUGCUACAAGGUUGUUUAAACAGCUUCAUACCCAAAUCCAAAACAUAAUCGCUCUUGGAAAUCCAACCGAAGAAGAUGUGAAGGGUUCGAUGGAGAAGGUGUUGGCACUUGAUAGAGCUUACCCUCUGCCCUUGUUGGGAGCCAUGCUUGAUAAGUUUCCCGAAAAAUAUGAACCUGCUGUCUGGUGGCCUUCAUCUCAGUUCCAAAGAAGAAGUAGAACACAAGAGAGUAAUAAUGGAUGGAGUGAAGAUCUAGAAAUGGAAAUGAGGGAAGUGAUUGAGGUGGUAAAGAAGAAAGACAUAGAGGACUAUGAGAGGCUUGGGAACAUAGCGUUGAAGGUAAACAGGAGUUUGGCGAUUGCAGGGCCUCUAUUGAGUGGCAUAGCAGCGGUGGGGACUUCAUUUGUGGGUAAUGGAUCGUGGGCGGCGUUAGUGCCUCUCAUGGCUGGUUCAUUAGCUUCAGUUGUUAAUGCUUUUGAGCAUGGUGGCCAAAUAGGCAUGGUCUUUGAAAUGUACAGAAACUGUGGGGGAUUCUUCACGCUUUUGGAACAGACUAUUCAAGCUACACUUGAAGAGAAAAACUUGGACAAAAGAGAAAAUGGUGAAGUAUUUGAAAUGAAGGUAGCAAUGAAGUUGGGAAGAAGUGUUUCGGAGCUGAGACGACUUGCCUCAAAAUCUGCUUCCUGUUGUAUGAAAGGAAUCACAGUAGAUGAAUUCGCCAGCAAGCUUUUCUAAUCAAGACAACAUUUCAUAAGGGAUGAUGCAAUAUUCUUUUAUUCUUUAUUAAUUGUAUAGUCUUCUGACAUUUAUAACUUUAUACCAAAGACAGAAUGUAUAUAUAUGUAUGUACCUUCAGCCCAUUGACUCAAUGAUCGAUAUUUACUUCUCACAA